GUAAUCAUAACAAGAAGCCAGAUAAAAGAUGUCAGGAAUAUUAUUAAAAAAAAAUGUAUAUACGUUGGGUUGAAUUUAAUCCAUAUCACAAACAGGAUCUUUAUUCAUUGAUAGGUGUUAUCUUAGUGUAUAUAUACGAAGUACUGUACUGUCACUUUAUGGAUUAAAUCAUUCUUAACGUUGGGACCCUAAUGGAAAAAGUCAGUAUGACUUUUUUUUUGGGUUAUCCUAGGUAAUCUACACUUGCUGUUGUGUGUGUGGUAAUAUAUGUAACUUUGUGUGUGCUUGUACCUGAACAAAUUUACAGCACAGGCGAUCAUUAUUAUAAUUACUGGAAGGGUUAAACCGAACUAUCCAAUGGAAAUAAGUCCCUGUGUCUGACUAUUUUUGGGUUAUCCUAGGUUCUCUAUACAUAUGCUGCUAUGUAUGAUAAUUCUAUGUAACUGUAUUUGUGUAUACCUGAAUAAACUUACAGGUAAAUUGUGGUGCCAUAAAUAAACAUUUAAUUCAUACAUCUCAAGGGCGGUACCUUGACACCCUUCACAGCCUUGUUGUCCUGGGACUAUCUUCACUCUUCAACCCAUUACCAACAACAUUUUAUUACUAUUCUGAUGCAUUUCUUUCAGUUAUAUAGGGAUACCACUUCUAGUGCUUUGACCUCUCGAUGGGGCUGCUUUGAUGAUGGUUACUAAGUUUAGGUAUACACAAGUACAGUUACAUAGAUUAUCAUACAUAGCAGCAUGUGUAGAGAACCUAGGAUAACCCCAAAAAGGCUCUCAACUUCUUGUCCGGUAAUAAGUUAAUGUUAAGACUGCCCAAAAUCCUCUAGACUGUUCAAGGGAUUUAUGUUGAAAGUCCAUAAAGCAUGUCAUUUAUUCAUAUAAUUGUAUAUUGUGAUUUAUGGAAAUAUAAUCUUUUUCAGGAAUUCGACUGUUCCUCCCUUGGAUUAAACUCAAGGCUCUAACACAGGCUUAUGGCUCAUGGGUGGCACCUUAAACUCAUAUCUGAAGGACCUGGGAUCGAUCCCAUCAUAAGUGGAAAUGUUGGGCAUGUUUCCUUUUCACCUAUUGCCCCUGUUCAACUAACACAGUUGAGCUAUGGAUGUAUUGGAGAAUUCAAGCAGCAAAGACCAGUUUAUUCCAGGAAACUUUAACCCUCUUCUUCAGGAAGUAUCUGAAUUUAUAAAUAAGUCUUUAAAGCAUGUGAACCAUAACUAUCAAGGUCAGGUUAGCAAAAUUCAAGGUGAAUUAUCACUUAAUCAACAGAAAUUUGCAGAAACUGAUCUAAAUAUUCUGGGCAAAACCCUCACAAUUUUGUCUUUGCCACCUAGGUUUACUACCGUUCGAGUUAAUGUACUCAAAAUUACUCUAAGGAAGGCAUUGGCACUUAUUGAAGAGCAUCUCAGGCAUCAAUACAUAGGUAAAACUAGUCCACUUCCAUUAGUGUAUCCACAUCAUUUAUUGCCAGAUCUACUAAUAAUAGAAUCAUCUGGUAUCCAGGGGGUACAACCAGCAACGAAGGAGGUGAUAGUAGGACGAAUGUGUGGGUCAGCGGUACUUCGUGGAGCAGAGGUUUUUGCUCCUGGUGUUGUAGGAGCCUCACCAGAUCUUCAUGCCGGAGAUAGAGUAGCUGUGUUUGCUGACCUUGAUGAUGCCUGUUUAAGAGGGUGCAAACAUUUCAGUGGUAGGAAAAUGUUUUUAGGAAAUGGAAUAGUAAAUCAGAGUAGGAAGGAUCUCUUUAAGACUUCAAAACCUACUGGUUUAGCAGUCUCAGUGAAAGAACCAAUAUUUGAUGCUCCUAGUUUUGGAAGUUGUCAUUCAGAGUUACUGUUCCUCCAAAACUUGCCAUCAGUAUUAUGUAGCCAUAUUCUUAAUCCUGAUAAACAUGCACAAGUUCUAGACAUGUGUGCAGCACCAGGGGGAAAAACAACACAUAUUGCAACACUCAUGUACAACACUGGACAAGUUAUUGCCAUUGACAAGUCACAAAAUAAACUUAACCAAAUCAGACUGACUGCACAAAAAUUAGGCCUCACUAAUAUAAAAGCAUUUAAGUAUGACAGUACAAAAUUAAUUUCUCCAAUAGGUUUAGAUGGUACAGCUUGUAAUAUUGGUCAGAGGAAAAUUUGUUUACCCAAUAACAUUUUUUCAGAAAGUAAUACAUACAAAAUCUCAAGUAAAUUAAAUAGUGUAGGUAUGGAUCAAGAAUAUAAUUCAUGUGCACCACCAUAUAAACCUUCCUCAUUCAGAUGGAUUCUGCUUGAUGCUCCUUGCAGUGCCCUUGGUCAGCGUCCUCAAAUUCAGACCAAAACGAAUAUGAAAGAACUGCAAUCUUUUCCAAUUAUUCAGCAUAAAUUGUUGGAGAAUGCAGUGGAGCUUUUACAACCAGGGGGAAAACUUGUGUACAGCACAUGUACUAUUGUCCCAGAGGAAAAUGAAAAUAUGGUGAAAUGGCUGUUGGAUAAAUAUGCAAAUGUAGAACUUAUAGAAACGACUCCUAAGCUUGGUAAGCCUGGAUUACCAAACUGUGGGCUAAAUGAAGAAGAAUGUGGUAAAGUGCAGAGGUUUGGCCCUUUUCCUUGCAAUAAUUCAGGUAACUGGAGUGUUGAUGAAGAUACAAUUGGUUUCUUUAUUUCUGCAUUUAGAAAAUUAUCAUGAUAUUGUUAAACUUUGUAUUUCUGUAGUAUAUGUAUAUAUACCAUAUAAAAUAUAACAGUGUUGUAAAACCUUGAUAUAAUGGACCCCUUAUGCAAUGGAUUUUGGAUAUAAUGAUCAAAUUUUUUUGCUGGAAAGAAGGCUCAGUGAUCCUGCUGUAUGGGGGUGUCUGGUAAAAUCAUCGAUUUGCAGCUGACCAAGUCCAGUACAUAUAUGUCACAUCUGUUAGUACAAUAGGUGUCUGGUAGUACCAUCAGUGCAGAAGACCAAGUCUGCUGCAUUACAGAUUUGUCUGGCAGAGGCCUCAUCCAUGACCUUUCUGUUUUCAUUGUUUCCAAAUAAGUGGAACAACUGGCCCAUCCUGGGUCAGUUUAUUAUUGAAUGUGCAUACGCUUGCAUACUGUCAAUGAUUUUCCCUGGAUUUACAACGUUUCUAUUUUAUUACAUAUAGUAUUAUUAUUAUAAUCAAGGGGGAAGUGCUAAACCCGGAGGAUUAUACAGCGCCUGGGGGGGGGAUGUGGAAGGCAUUCAGGCUUAAUUCGGGGAACUGGAGCACAGAUCCAAUUCCCUAAAUCAAGAGCCCCUCACCAACAUCAAGGAACCUUCCUUGAGGGGUACAUAUAAUAUAGAGUACUGUCCUGUUAACUCUUAUUCUCAGGUAAUUUAUUGUGCUAUACUAUACAUAUUACAGUUUUUCCUUAGUAUAUCCAGUAAUGUCAUCAAAGCAGCACACUAGGUCUGCUGAAUGGGGCAUUUGUUCUUGUCCAUUAAUACCAUCGAUGGAAUGGCCUUAGUCUGCUGCACUGGGCACUUCAGUACAAUGGAUUUUCAUUAGUGCAGACAUCCCCUUUUCUCUGUUAGUCCAUUAUAUGAAGGUUUCACCAAACUAUACUGAAUACUGAAGGUAUAAAGUAAAAAAAUAUAGGAAUUUUUUCUCACCAGUGCUCCUGUUGGACCAUGUGUUCAGUAGUAUUUUAUUUAUACGGUACUAUACCUGGAGCAGGGUAACAUUUAUGAAGGGGUUCAGGGAAACCGGCAGGCCGGACUUGAGUCCUGGAGAUGGGAAGUACAGUGCCUGCACUCUGAAGGAGGGGUGUUAAUGUUGCAGUUUAAAAACUGUAGUGUAAAGCACCCUUCUGGCAAGACAGUGAUGGAGUGAAUGAUGGUAAAGUUUUUCUUUUUCGGGCCACCCUGCCUUGGUGGGAAUCGGCCAGUGUGAUAAUAAAAAAAAUAAUAAAUAUAUACCUGGAACUCAUUUUUGUUAUUUAUGAUUGGAUGGAGGCAAGGUUUUACUUUAAUAUUGUUGUAUACGCACUUGGAGAAAUUACAGGAUCCAUAUAUUUCAGUACAAUACUGUAUUAUAUUUUCAGGUGCACAUAUCCUAAAUGCUCUGAAAGUAAACUGCUAGGAGGGAAAAAAAACAAUGGUUCUUAACAAAGAGGCUUUAUGACUCAUAUGAGUUUGGUUCAUUUUGUGAACAUGUAUGUACAGUUAUAAUAAUGGACAAUAUUUUGUUUGUAUCUCCAUGGGGAAGUGGAACAGAAUUCUUCCUCCGUAAGCCAUGCGCGUUGUAAGAGGUAACUAAAAUGCCAGGAGCAAGGGGCUAGUAACCCCUUCUGUAUAAAUUACUAAAUUUAAAAAGAGAAACUUUCGUUUUUCUUUUUGAGCCACCCUGCCUUGGUGGGAUACAGCCGGUUUGUUGAAAAAAAAAAAUUGUUUGUAGCCAUAUUUUACUUUUUGCCAACAGUUUGCUUAGCACUUUAAAUAUUAUUGGCUAGUAGAUAAGUUUUAUCCUUUUAAUAAAAGAUAAACUUGAAUUUUUUUUCUUUUGGGUCAAUUUGUCUUGGCAGGAGAUGGCUGUUAACAUACUGUAUUUUCCAGCAUAUAAGGCAUGCCUUUUUUUUUCCCUACAAAAAAUCUUGGAAAAUCACCCUGUGUCUUAUAUGCUCAAGGUGAGGGCCAAGGGUAGGCUUUGGGUUAUACUUUAGCAUAAACUAAAGAGUAUUUAGCUCUUGAAUAUGAUCACUGAUUUACCAUUAUGAUAAUUCUGUCAUGCUCCAUAUAUGCGAGAAAAUACAGUAAUAAGACUAAAAGAGAUUUGAAUUCAUCAGAAAGCAAUAUUACAUUACUGAGGAAGUGUGAUAAACAUGUACACUAUCAUAAUGUGUGUGUGUGUUUUGGAAAGUAGUCUUAAUUUUAUUUAUAUUUUUAUCAGUAUGUAUUAAAUAUUGUAAACUAUUUAUUACUACCAUGUGAAAAAAUCCUCCUGUUAGCAUUUUUCCUCUGUUUAUAUAUGGAGGAUUACAGUAUAUGUAAUGAUACACACUACAGUACUAUAUUAACCUUUGUUUUCAAUACUAGUAUAUGGUUAAACUGUGAGUUUUAUAUCAGUGUGGUUUCUAUUAUUGUUGACUUAAAGUGGAUUUCAUACAGUUAUGAUUAGCUUUUGAAUGAUACUAGUCUUGCCUUCUUAGGUAUUUCCUGUAGAACAGUGGUCCUUAACCUAUUUUGGCAGCAGCUCAAAGUAUUGUUGAGAAUCUACAUGGCAAGUAAUCCGUCGGCCUAGAGUCGAUGUGUUCAGCCCAUCAUUCUUGACAGAAGUACAGCAUAUGUGCAGAGAAUGGGCUGAUAUACUGUAAACAGAUAAGGUGAAGCAGUUGGAGAUGGCAUCACCAGUGGAAAAUCCACCGGAGGAAAUAUGUCAUGCCUAUAGGUUAGUAAAUUGUUGAAUUCCCUGUACUUUUGUAAAGAUUGAUGGACUGAAACAUGUCAGCUUCAUCCUGAGGGAUUGAUUACCUCAAACUUCAUCUCAUCUUAAACUGUUCUUCUUUGUAAUGGACUGGUGAAACUACUAACUUGCAAAACGUUUGCACAAUAAAGAUACACCAGUAUGUUGCACAAGUGUCUCUUUCAUCAACUUGUUGGUUUUUUAAAUCAUUUAUACAUGUCAGGCACAGCAUCUUGGUAUCUUGAUACUGGGAAUUCUUCAAUGCUUGCUUAAUUAUUAUUAUAAUCUAAAAGGAAGCACUAUACCUACCAGAGUUAAUGCUUGCUUCAGCUAUAGGCAUGACUUAAUUUCACUAGUAACGCUGCCCCCCAUUGCUUCACCUCACCUGUUACAGUAUAGAAACCCCUUUUCUGCACAUAUGGUGUAUAAGCUACUAAUGGUUGUAAUCAUAACUAUGAUUUUUAAAGAGGUCAACAGGUAAGCCAGCGGAAGUCCUCGGUUAGAUGACCAAAAGCUGCAGCUGUGAGUCAUCAUAUGAUUUAAGACGCGUGUCAGGAAAUACUUUUCCUGUUUUGUGACAAACAUUAUACCUACCAUAUGGUGUACUAUUGUCAAAAUUGAUGGAGUGAACACAUCAACUCUAGGCCAAGGGACUGAUUACUUCUCUGUACUGGACUAAUGAAGCCAGACCGGUGAAAGUUUCCACAAUAAAGAUACCUAAAUACU